AUGAACCCAUGUAUCUACCUGCUUUCGACGGUUCCGGAUUCGUUGCGAAUUAUUGAGGAGGGUGACUGGGUCUACCGCAUCUUCACUUUCGACUACAUGCCGCAAUGCUUCUGCAACAUGUCAAAGGCUGAAUUGCUGGAAUUCCAUGAAAUAAAGGAAUGGAUUUUGCCGCCGCUCUUCGGGCAACACUUGAUCGUCGACAUUAUAAACCUAUGCUCGAUGACACCGGCAUUGCGACCGAGCGCAAGGGAGUUGUCUGAAAAGAUUCGUCAAGCGGAUCAGCGUCUCGUCAGCCGGUCCUUUAAAGUAGUACCGGACCUUAAUGGAAGGCCAUCAAAGCCACGGGGGCUGGAGCAUCUAACAAUUGGAGAAUGCAAAAUCUACACUCAUUUCCGAAAUAAGGGCCCAGUUUUGGAGAACCGGGCCGUGCAAGGAGAGCUCGAAGAAGACGCGCUUGAGCAUCCUCUGGGCUAUCGAUUGCCUUUCUCCGAGCCAAGCUCAGCCGGCGGAUCGGCUGACGGGUUGCAGCGCAGUCCAUCCAAGGGCAAAAGCCGACCAUCGCUCGUCGACAUCCAGCAACAACAGCAGGAACACCCU